UGUCAAAAUUUAUAGUAAACAUAUUAGCCCUACUAUAUACUUAUACUAUAUUUAGUUCUAUUGAAUUUGAAUUGACAUUAGCGAAUUUUCAUUACAGCAAAUUUUCAUUACACUUGAUCUAUCUAGGUAAAACUUGAUUUUCCGUUUAUCUCUCAAAUAAAGUCAAAUAAGACAAUAUGCCUUUAGCUAAAGACUUGCUUCAUCCUACUGCAAUUGAAGAACGCAGGAAACACAAAUUAAAGCGCCUUGUUCAACACCCAAACUCUUUUUUCAUGGAUGUCAAAUGCCCUGGAUGUUAUAAAAUUACAACUGUAUUCAGUCACGCUCAGAGUGUAGUUAUAUGUACCGGAUGUUCCACAAUUUUAUGUCAGCCCACUGGAGGACGAGCUAGACUAACUGAAGGUUGUUCUUUCAGGAAGAAAGCUUAUUAAGAUCCUGGCUCCUGUAUUUUAAUGUACAAUAACAAUAUGAAUAUGCGUUGAAUAAAAAAAACCAUAAAAAAAAAAU